AUGAACAUCAACAUGGAGCAACUGAAGUUCGCCUUCACAAAGGCCCUCAACAUCGACGAGAAGGUCACCGUCAAGCUUGCAGAACCAACCUUCCCCAUCUCGACUACCGGCAACUCGAGCACGGUCAACCUGAAAGACAUGGAGAAACACAACGUCAUUGAGCACGACGGAAGUCUCUCGCGCGAAGACGUCGCCGUGACUGGCAACGCGAACAAGUUUGAUGCGCGUGUGUGGAACGGGGUCAAGGCGCACUUCACCGGGGAGACGAUUGAUACAAAGACAAUGGCCAUCGCGCGCAAGGACAGGGUUGCAGUGGCGAUGAAGACAAACCCGACAUUCAACAUGACGGAGGCACAGCUGAAGCUGUCGUUCGCCGAGUCUGCAUUUAUCUUGGGUGUUCUUGCGGGAGACUUCCAGAACCCCCAGGCGCCGACUAAGUACAUGAACGUCAUGUUUGAGCAGGAGAGGUUCCCAUUUGACGAGGGUUUCAAGACUUCGGCUACCAAGGUCACUGGUGAUCAGGUUGAUAUGUUGGUGGCGGCGAUGAUGAAGGUCACACCGCCAUAG